AUGCUUAAGAUUUUCAAAAGAUAGCUUUCUACAUUGUAGAAGACUGAUAAAUUAUUUAUUAGUUCAGGUCUCUAUGUCCCUGGCAAUUAAGACUCAGUUCCGAUACCAGAGAAGCCAAAAGCCAGAGUAAUGAUCAGAGAUAGACUUUAGACAAUGAGAGAGAAUGCAUUUUCUGAAAAAGUAGUGAUUACACCAAGAACAAAUAGCAUUUAAACAGGAAUGUUUGAAGAUGAUGUAUCAACAGUGCUUAAUGAAAAUACAUCGAAACUCAUUAAUGGAAUCGUGGCUGCUGCAUUUGGGGCAGAUGACUUCACAGCUGAUUUUUAAGUUUAUAGAUCUGAUAGUGAUAAAGAACUUGAUUUUGCUAGAAAGCUAUUCGCUCUGACAUGCCAUGCCUUUGGAAUAAUCUCAAUAGACACCCCAUAUGUUUAAUUCAAGAAUUUAGAAGGACUUAAAGUUGAGCUAGAAUAUUUGAAGUCGAUUGGAAUGAAGGCAAAAUUUGCUAUCCAUCCUACUUAAGUUGAGUUGAUCAACAAAGCAUUUUCCCCAAGUGAGCAAGAAGUUGUUUAUUAUUAAAGAAUGAUUCAGGCAUUUGAGGAAGGCUAAAAGUUGGGAAAAGCAGCUAUUGAUUUUGAAAACAAAAUGGUUGAUAUAGCUGCUUAUAGACGUGCAGUAGAUACACUCAAAAGAGCAGGGAUAAGCGCAGCAGCUGUCAUUCCAAAUAACCAGUUUCCAGUUCAUUAAUUUCAGCAGGACUUAUGGCAUCCAAGUCUUUAAAAGAAGUACAUAGAUGAUUAAGGUUUUAUAAUUGUUAAUCAUGAAAGACCAGGGUUAGACACCUAUGUAGAACUCAUAAAUCAAGCAGGUGAACAAUAUGAGGAAGAUAAGAUCUUAGAACUCAAUAAAAUAUAGAAAUUUUAACAGUAGCCAUAGACUUCUUUGAAGAUAGAGGGUUUGAACUGUAAUUCAAUAAUAGUUACCAAUUCAAAAUCAAGUGUCGUCACAGUUAUAACAAACGAACUUACUCUAUUAAUACCCUAUUGCUUAGCCAAUUAUUCAGAAACUCAGCAGAACUACAUAUAAGAUGCUAAUGGAUUGCAAUAUGUUUUGGUUCCAGUUUAACUUUAACAAGAUAAUUAAGAAGAAAAGAAUUAGCAACCUUAGACUGUUUAGUAGUAACAAAUGCUGCCUAUACAACAAUAACAAUAAUACCAAAACAUAUAAUAAACUUACUUAAAUACUAACUAAUAAUUGGGAAAUCAGUAUCAAUAGAUAAGUACUAACAUCAAUGCAAAUACCCAAUAAUAAUAGUAGCCACAAUAUUAUCAGUAGCCAUAAUAAGUUCAAUAUUAAAAUUAAUAUAUUCAUCAAGAAAUAGAGCCAACAGACAAUGGUGGAAUAAGUAUUUAACAACACAAUGUUGGUCAGUAAAUACAGUAUUAGCAAUUGCAAGAUAAUAUCUAAGACCUUUAAAAUUUGAAUACUUAGCAAAAUCAAAAUGUUCAAGCAGCUUAGUAUUAGCAAUAGCCUGAUCAAAUUCAAUAGCAGCAGCAACUACUACCAUAAUAUCAGAUAGUUCAACAACAAUAGGUUCCUGUUCAAGGAGGCAGAGUAAAAUGGAUCAAACCUGGAAGCAAAUGGAAGAGCAAAACUAUCAACCAAGCACUGAAGGUAAACAAAUAUCUAUAAAGCUUUGUAGACCUUAUGCAGCAGUACAGGGAUAUUAUUUACAAGACAUCCUCUCAAGAAGUAGGAAAGACUGCCCAUUUAGCAGAAAAGAAAACUCCCUUUGGCCAUAAUGGAAAAUUCUCAAAACAUUUGUCACAGUCAGGAAUGCCAAAAAAUAACGGUUUAAGCACUGCAACUGACAGAGAAAGAUUUAUGGAUAAUUGCAAGGACUGGAUGGAUAAGAUUAACUGA